AGCAAAUUUCGCGGAUCAACUUCGACGUCACGAAACCCACGAACAAGAGGCCCCAUCCUCCCUCUCCGUCCGACGUCCCCCGACCCGUCACAAGCCAACCUAGACGAAUUUACCCCGCCAUCCACCCACACCCCGUCGCGACAAUGUCUGCCAACGGCGAUAACAAGUACGACGACAUCGAGUCGGAGUCCGACUCUGGCGAGUCCAUCGAGGAGCAGACCGAGCUCAACGAGGAGAAGACUCUCAAGCCCGCCCUCAAGAAGUCCUCCAACCCCGUCACCGCCGACACCACAGUUCAGCGCCCUGCUCUGCCCCCGCAAACCGAUCCCAAAGACCUCGACGUCAAGACCCUCAGCCCCCUCACCCCCGAGAUUAUCGCUCGCCAAGCAACAAUCAACAUCGGCACCAUCGGCCAUGUCGCCCACGGAAAGUCUACCGUCGUCAAGGCCAUCUCUGGCGUCCAGACCGUUCGUUUCAAGAACGAGCUGAUCCGUAACAUUACCAUCAAGCUUGGUUACGCCAACGCAAAGAUCUACCAGUGCGACAACCAGGAGUGCCCUCGGCCGGGAUGCUUCAGGAGUUACAAGAGUGAGAAGGAGGUUGACCCCCCUUGCGAGCGCGAGGGCUGCAGCGGUACCUACAGAUUAUUGCGCCACGUUUCCUUCGUCGACUGCCCCGGUCACGACAUUCUCAUGAGCACCAUGUUGUCAGGUGCCGCCGUCAUGGACGCCGCCCUGCUGCUCAUUGCCGGCAACGAAACCUGCCCCCAGCCCCAGACCUCUGAGCACUUGGCUGCAAUUGAGAUUAUGAAGCUGGACAAGAUCAUUAUCCUCCAGAACAAGGUCGAUCUUAUGCGUGAGGAGGCCGCCCAGCAACACUACCAGUCCAUCCUGAAGUUCAUCAGAGGUACUGUUGCCGGAAAGUCUCCCGUCAUCCCCAUCUCUGCCCAGCUCAAGUUCAACAUCGACGCCGUCAACGAGGCCAUCGUCAACACCAUCCCCGUGCCCCCUCGUGACUUCACCCAGGACCCCCACAUGAUCGUCAUUCGAUCCUUCGACGUCAACAAGCCCGGUGCCGAGAUUGACGACCUCAAGGGAGGUGUCGCUGGUGGUUCCAUUCUGCACGGUGUCCUGAAGCUCGGCGACGAGAUUGAGAUCCGUCCUGGUAUCGUCACAAGAGACGACAAGGGUGCCCUCAAGUGCACUCCCAUCUUCAGCAGAAUUGUCUCUCUCAACUCCGAGUUCAACGACCUCAAGUACGCCGUCCCCGGUGGUCUCAUCGGUGUCGGUACCCGCAUCGACCCCACCCUCUGCAGAGCCGAUCGUCUCGUUGGUUUCGUCCUGGGUCUCAAGGGACGCCUGCCUGAGAUCUACAGCGAGAUCGAGGUCAACUUCUACCUCCUGCGCCGUCUUCUCGGUGUCCGCACCGCCGACGGAAAGCAGGCCAAGGUCGCUAAGCUCACCAAGAACGAGGUCAUCAUGGUCAACAUUGGUUCGACGUCCACCGGUGCCAAGGUUGCUGCCAUCAAGAACGAUGCCGCCAAGCUCGUCCUCACCUCCCCUGCCUGCACAAACAUUGGCGAGAAGGUCGCUCUGUCCCGUCGUAUCGAGAAGCAUUGGCGUUUGAUUGGUUGGGCCACCAUCGCUGCUGGUGUCACUCUUGAGCCCAGCUCGUCUUAAAUCGACAACUGCUUCAAAUCAAAUCAAAAAACACAAAGUCUCAAAAGCCCAUUCUUCAGCAUCACAGGAGUCUAAAAAACAAUCAGUCAGUCAGUCUGGUAGAGAGCCGAAUGGGAAGGAGUCGUAGGGGUGGAGGCGCGCGGAUCCGGCAAAGUUUUUGAGUACCAGGCGGGUAAUGAAUGCACAUGAAUGAGGUUACCAACUUACCGCGUAAAUUCAAAAUGACCAGAAGAGAGAGACUAGAAAUUCGCGAAAUUUGAAGGUCCAAAGAUUCAAGGUCCCAUUUGAUGGCGGAGAAUUCGCGAGGGAAAGAAAAACACAACGUACAAGGAAAAUGCUAGACGGUGUAUGCUGAUAGAUAGGCCUGGACGAUGAAUGAGCCCCUUUUAACU